GCGUCGUUUCUUCUGUCUCUGGUGCAGUGUUAUCGGCCCCUCUGUUAUCAUCAUCGUGCAACACGUGUCGAUAUAGGCGCGCGCGUUGGCCGCGGCGGCGGGUGCAUUCACCGACACAUGCGCACAUCAGCCGAACGAUACUCUUCAUAAACCGGCGGGAACACGUUGCUCGUGACUCAGUGUACACGAUGCCACGGCUUGGCCGCGAUACACCACGUACCACGACGUUAUACAUACGCCCUUCUAUUUCCACGAUUAUCCACCGCCGUGUAACGUUUUCAUCCGGGUGUUUUCUUGACACGCGCGUCGUCGACGUGCACCAACAGACUCGUGACAACCGCAUCUUGUCGUUCUCGACGUGGCCACGGGCCUCUUGGAAGCAGUGUGUCGCCGAACAAAGAGGCGUGACACCGAUGCAUCGGUACACCCCCCUCACGCUCCAUCGUCGUCGAGAAAAACGUCAGUUUUCAACGGAUAAAUCGAGGAGACCAGACGUAGUGAAAGAAAAAAACGUAAACAAUCAUUUCUCCUCGAAGGAAUGACCAUACAUUUGCUGCUGGAAGAGGAUCCAUCUCCGAUCGAAUUGGAUUGUCCAUUUCACGAUGCCACAGAAUCGGAAAAAGUGAAAUUCGACGACUCGAGGGAGCCCACGGGCGGAUCGUCUGGGGCUGGGACAACAGGAGGUAGCGCGGGUAGCAACAAACGCGCCAAGAACAAGAAGAGACGCGAGGCACAGCAGGAGUUUACGCAUUCCUGGAUGGUGGGCGCGUUGAAGGGUCACACUGCCCCUGUCCUCGACAUGAAUUUCUCCAGCAACGGCAAGUUCCUCGCAAGUUGUGCCGAAGAUUGCGGCCUGCGGCCGGAAGAGGAGGUCCUGGAUCCUGGGGAGACCGAUCGGUACGUUGGCUGUAAGGCAAGCCGCGAGACACCGGCGUCAUCGACCAAGCCAUCGGGGACGACGGCCAAGAGCAAAUCCGCUGCGUCCUCAUCAUCUUCGUCAACCAGCGUGUCCCCUGUGCCAACGCAAUCGUCGUCGUCGUCGUCCGUGACCGGUAGUAGUUCAACAUCGUUGAGCUCUGGAUCAUCAACGAAAGAGGAUCGAACCAUCCUGAGUCGAAGACAGAGAAAGAACCGGACCAGGGUGCCGCGGGAUCAGCAGCGUCGCGAACGAGACGACGAGGAUGAGCAGCCUGCCGGCCAGCAGCAGCAACAACAGCAACGUCACCAUCAUCGUAGACACCACCAUCAUUGUCGCCAGCAACACUACCAGAACGGCAGCCCGACGAGAAGCCCCGAGUCUAACGGGACCUCCUCGUCCUCCCCAACCAACCGGACCGGUUCACGAAGAAAUCAAUCUCAAAUCAUCGAUUCGUCCCGCGACGAUGGCAAAAACACCGCCGAUAAUGUCACAGGCGGUGGUGGGAUGAAUAACGGUGGAGGCGCCAGGAAGUCACGUAUGUUCCUCAGCAACCAACGAAAGGAGCUGCAUCACUUGAGCGACGCGGCGUUAGCCUCGUUGCUGCGUCGAUACACGUUAACCGGUGAGCAACUGGCGCAUCUCGGUUAUCCGGUCGAGUGCAGUUACUUUCCUGGUUACGCGGUGAUUAUCAAUCAUCAUCAGCACCCCGUUGGCCAUCGUGCACCGCGUGGCUAUCAUCAUCUUGACGCGAACGCGCGCGAGUUCGUGCCCGGUAGCAGCGGUACGGCGCCCAGUAAUAGUGGUUCCGCGUGGACGAUGAUCGAGAGCGAGGCGGACAGCGGUAACUGCAGCGGUAGUUCGUUGGAGAGCUCCGAUCUGGAGCAGGAGAGUGCGUCGGAUAGCGACAAGAGCUCAGACAUCGGUGAGUCGUCGUCAUCUUCCUCCAUCGACUCAUCGUCAUCAUCAUCAUCGUCGUCGUCCUCCUCCUCCUCGUCUUCCUCCAGUUACCAAGAGAAAUCACGAAGGGACUCUACCCCCGAUCCGUACGAGCUAGUGGUCGCUGAAAGACGUUGCGCCAGGUGCCACAAGAGUUUUUACGUUAAUCGAGAGGACGGGGAGUACCUGCACGAGGAACGAUGCGUUUAUCAUUGGGGCAAGUUUCGUAGCGGCGUGGUGGACGGCUCGCACGGCGACACGUGGGAGUGUUGUCGGGCCAAAGAGACCUCCAGGGGAUGCACUACCGCGAGGAUGCACGUGUGGACCGGAUUGGCGCCCGGUUACAACGGCCCGUUCGACGGUUACGUGCGCACACGACCCGCGAGACAGGUGCCGAAAGACGGUAACUACGGUGUGUACGCGUUAGACUGCGAGAUGUGCUUCACCCGACGUGGUCUCGAACUGGCGAAGGUCACGGUGGUCGGUAUGGACGGGAAGAUCGUGUACGAUACUCUGGUCAGGCCCGACACCGAGGUGAUCGAUCACAAUACCAGAUUCAGCGGGAUCACCGCGAAGGAUCUGUCGCGCGCGCACAAGAGUCUCAGGGACGUGCAGAAGGAUCUGACCGGUUUCAUGCACGCGGAAACGAUAUUAAUCGGUCACGGUUUAGAGAACGAUCUGAGGGCGUUGAGGAUACUUCACACGACCGUGAUCGACACGUGCGUCGCGUUCCCGCACUUUCUCGGUUAUCCCUUCCGCAGUAGCUUAAAGACACUCGCGAGGACGGUGCUCCGCAGGGAGAUUCAAGUGACCGAGCACGAUUCCGUCGAGGAUGCUAGGAUCGCGGUCGAUCUUAUGCUACGACGGUUGCAGCACGAUCUUUCGUAGAAUCGACGGCGAGAUAUCGAGAGAAUGAGAGAGCGAUUGAGAGAGAGAAUGAGAGAGAGAGGAGGUACUACUUGGUAACAGUAGCAUAUACAAGGUGUUCCCACCUAACGUCAGCACCUUUAAUAUCUCACUUACUCUGGAAGAUAUAGACCAAGGUAGAAGAGAACAAUAUUGUCUGGUUGGAAGGGGUAGAUAUUGUGACAUGGAAAAAAUUGUUCUCGAGGUUAUAUUUUUCGGAUUUUCUAGGUCAUCGAUGUUUCUUUACACGGAACUGCAUACUUUUUAUCAUC